GCGAGUUAACUUGAUUGAUGUGUACCUAUCACAAUUUUGCAUGCCUACCUUUCGCUACUCACACACUUGAAACUUAUCAUUUCUUUUAUUUUGGAUAUUUGGCUCAUGAAAAUUUUUGAAAGCAAUGAAAUUUGUUAUUGUCUACUAUUUGUAUGGUUUGGUACUCUUAAUUCUUCCAAUAGUCGAGGGACAAAGUAAUGAAAAUGAACCGGACUUGGAUCGAUUAUUUGCAUCUGUAUUUGAAAAUCGUUUGAUAGUGCCUCACAUAUUGCCCUCUCUACCAAAGGAAAUCUGUACUGUUAUCUAUAAUCCAGGUCUUUUCAUUAUAACAGGCAAACCGUAUUUCCCUUAUCAAUUACAAAGUUUACCUGAAGUACUUUGGAAUUACAGAGAUGGAAAAUAUCACACUCUCGUAAUGCUUGGUGCUAUUCAAAAAUGCAACGAAACUGAAAGCUGGUCAAGCUCAUCGAGUGGCAAAAAUGAUUCUUCGAUAGGUCUACCGGAACAAUGGUGGUUCGAAUGGGUGAAAGUGGAUAUUUACCAGGAUCGUCUCAACAGGGCAGGAGUAGAUUUACAGCCUUUUUUGAAUACUACACUCCAACCUAACAGUACACACAGAAUAAUCUAUACAUUUGCAGUAUACGAACAACGUGAAAAGUUCAGGUUUAAACUGGACGAUAAAGAUAAUUCACCAGAAAAGAUAAUUCAGCGCCAUUUUACUCCUUUGUCCAACUUCGAAAAGACUUUUCAAGAGUGUGCUCUCUCCGCAGGAAAUUAUUUCUACGUGCUUCCAAAACGAAUUGUUUUAGAUACUUCAAAGGUGAGAACAUUUGAAUGGACAUCAUCAAUAUAGAAAUCGUUCUCUAGAAAUAAUUUUUUGUAACUAUCUUACACCUUCGCGAAUAAACUACUGUGUUG